UUUAAUUUUUUUUUUUUUGNCUUUUGUGGUCCUUACUUUUUCGAUUGAAAUUUGUUGAGAUGCAUAUAUUUGUAUUCUCAAUGGAACUGUUGUCUAAUUUUGUGAUCAGAUAAUGCUGAUGGUUUUCCUGAAAUUGAAAGCUUGUGGUUCUUAGCUUUUGGGCUAUGAUAUGUGUCUUUUUCUUAGAGGGCCAUGUCAAUUUAAACUUUGGCAUUUCUCUUAUUUUAUGCUGAUUAAUCCUCCAUAUGAGUUUGAGACUAUGAUACACCUAGGAGUGUAGUGUAAAACCUUUCUGCAUAUUAGGUUUAAUUAAAGCAUUAAACAUUUCUUAGGAGAUAGUAAAAGAGAAUUUUGAUAGCCAAUAUAUAAGUUAUGGUUCGUCAUGAUGGGUAGUUUCUUUGAAAUGGAAUACAGUUUGUGUUUCUUUAUUUGCAGGAAAGAUGUUUGAGAAUGGAUUUGAUGGAGGAGAAGGGGAGUCGGCUUUGCAUAGUGACAAGGUCAAAGUUGAUCCAGGGUCACCUCCAUCUUUGACAUGGAGAAGAAAACUUAGUACUGAUGACAAUGCCCUUUCUGAAUUCGACCUAACCUUAAGAGAGAAAAUCAGUAUGGCACCCAUAGGUUAUAGGCUUUGGCGUCAACUUCGAAAGGAAAAAAUGACAUACGGGGAUGUAUUUCUUGAUCCUUUUACGAAGCGCCAUACAUCAUCUUGCCAUGGGGUUCCUGUAGGUGGUAUGGGUGCCGGUAGCAUUGGAAGAAGUUGCAAAGGUGAAUUUUUGCGUUGGCAGCUGUUUCCUAGGAUGUGUGAAGAUAAACCUGUCUUGUCAAACCAAUUUUCUGUCUUUGUGUCUCGACCAGAUGGUAGCAAAUUCUCUAGUGUACUCUGCCCGAAGAACCCAGAAGUUCUAAAGGAUAACAGCGACAGUUCGGCUUCUGGGAUAGGAUCUUGGGACUGGAAUCUAGAUGGACAAAAUUCAACUUACCAUGCAUUGUUCCCUAGGGCUUGGACCGUGUAUGAUGGUGAACCCGAUCCAGCUUUAAAAAUAGUGUGCCGUCAGCUUUCACCCUUCAUUCCUCACAACUACAAGGAGAGCAGCUUUCCUGUAGCAGUCUUUAGUUUUACAUUAUCUAAUUUGGGAAAGACGGAAGCGGAUGUCACCUUGCUCUUUAGUUGGGCAGAAAUGAAGAUGGAGAGGGCGACUCUGGUUUUCGUGAAAUUUUUGACUGCAAAAGGAUUACCCUCAGUAACUUUUGCAAUUGCAGCAGAAGAGACUGAUGGUGUUCAUGUGUCUUCGUGUCCAUGUUUUGUGAUAUCUGGAAAUUCGCAAGGCAUCACAGCAAGAGACAUGUGGAGUGAGAUUAAGGAGCGUGGAUCAUUUGACCACCUAAGUUCUGAAGAGAUGUCUAUACCUUCUGAACCCGGUUCAGUAAUCGGGGCAGCUGUUGCAGCCUCUGUGACUGUUCCAGCAGGAGAAGUAAAAACUGUUACAUUCUCAUUGGCAUGGGCUUGUCCCGAAAUAAACUUCACUGGUGGAAGAACUUAUCACAGGCCAGUAUGCUACUUGCUUAUGCGCUACACCAAAUUCUAUGGCACUCACAGUAACGUGGCAUCAGAUAUUGCACGUGAUGCUAUACUCAAGCACCACCAUUGGGAGUCAGAAAUCGAAGCUUGGCAGAGACCCAUUCUUGCAGAUCAGAGACUUCCCGAAUGGUACCCAUCCACCCUUUUCAACGAGCUUUACUUUCUCAACGCAGGGGGAACUAUUUGGACAGCUCCCCCAAUACACAGCCUACGCACCAUCGCCACCCGAAGAUUCUCCCUCGACACCCCGACCACAGCCUCCACCCGCCAACCCGAUCAAAACGAAGCAGCCCUAAACAUUCUCGGCCGAAUGACAUCUCUUCUCCACGAUAUCCACACCCCUUCAUCCACCCCCUCUGCCCUCGGCACAAACCUCCUCCAGGACGGUGAACACAACGAGGGUCAGUUCCUCUACCUCGAGGGCAUAGAGUACCACAUGUGCAACACUUACGACGUCCACUUCUACGCCUCCUUCGCCCUCCUCACUCUAUUCCCUAAACUCGAACUCGCCAUACAGCGCGACUUUGCUGCCGCAGUCCUCAUGCACGACCCUACCCCGACGACCCUCCUCCAAGAUGGCUCGUCUGCCCCACGCAAAGCACUCGGGGCCGUGCCACACGACAUUGGCAUGCGGGACCCGUGGUUCGAGGUCAACUUCUACAAUCUGCAUAACACGGAUAGGUGGAAGGAUCUUAAUCCCAAGUUUGUGCUUCAGGUUUACAGGGACGUGGCUGCCACUGGGAGUUUGGGGUUCGCGAGGGCCGUGUGGCCGUCGGUUUAUGUGGCCAUGGCUUAUAUGGAACAGUUUGAUAGGGAUGGGGAUGGGAUGAUCGAGAAUGAGGGAUUUCCGGACCAGACGUAUGAUACGUGGUCGGUUUCGGGAGUGAGCGCUUACUGUGGGGGGCUGUGGGUGGCUGCACUCCAGGCGGCGUCCAGGCUGGCGGGGAUUGUUGGGGACAAAGGGUGUGAGGAUUAUUUCUGGUUUAGGUAUGAAAAGGCGAGGAAGGUGUACGGGAAGCUGUGGAAUGGGUCGUAUUUCGAUUAUGAUGAUAGUGGGAGUGCGACGAGCUCGUCCAUUCAGGCGGAUCAGUUGGCCGGAAAUUGGUAUGCCCGAGCUUGUGGCCUUUUACCAAUUGUUGAUGAAGAAAAAGCACGAAAGGCACUCGAGACAGUUUACAACUUCAAUGUGUUGAAGGUGAAAAACGGGAGGAUGGGGGCAGCAAACGGGAUGCUUCCAAAUGGAGAACCUGACAUGUGUACAAUGCAGUCGAGGGAAAUAUGGAGUGGGGUCACAUAUGCUGUUGCAGCUGCCAUGAUUCACGAGAAUAUGAUCGACACAGCCUUUAAAACUGCUUUUGGCGUAUAUGAAGUAGCUUGGUCUGAAGAAGGUCAUGGAUAUGCUUUCCAAACCCCUGAGGGUUGGGACUUUGAAGGGCGUUAUCGGUCUCUCGGUUACAUGCGUCCUCUGGCAAUUUGGGCUAUGCAGUGGGCUCUCACACAGCAUAAUAACUUACCAAAACAAGAAACAAAGCCUGUGAUUAAGGAAGAAUCUGUUGUUAGAGAGCAUCACGGUUUUUUGCGAGUGGCUCGUCUGCUAAAGCUGUCGGACGAGGUUGAUUCGAGGAGUCUUUUACAGGUUAUAUUUGACCGCACAUGUAAAAGGAUGCUGGGAUGAAAAGAGAGAUGCCAGAUGUGGAACAACAUUAUGAGUUCGGACUUUGAUUUAUUCUUUCUCAAUUAUUAUUUAUAUAUAUGUGCAAGUGUGUAAUAGACAGAAGUAGAUGCUUCUGCAUGUAUAUUUGCAAUCAGGGCUUUCCUGUUAAAUAAAAGUAAUUUCAAGAAAGUUGGC